CGCAAACCAACUCUGAGAGGAGGCUGCCCCAUUGACAGAGAGAGAGAGAGAUUUCAUCUUUGAUGGGUAAUCACAGGUUUAGAUUGUCAGAUAUGAUGCCAAAUGCCUGGUUUUAUAAGCUCAAGGACAUGGGCGGAAGAACCAGGAAGCACAACUCUUCUCAUCCCAUCAAGAAAAAACCACCCUCAACGACAACAUCACAGGAAACCCACCUCUCUCACCCAAGAUACACUUACUCCUUCACAGAAUCCACCGGAGCUGAGAGAUUCUACAAUUCAUCCAAACACUCAAAAUCCUCAGAAACCCAUUUCCCUGAUCCACCAAGAAGAUCAUCCAGGAGAAGAGCUAACAGAAGAACCAUUUACAAGCCUUCUCCUAAACCUGUCACCUCCUCCUCUGUUUCUGCUGGUUGUAGCUGUCACGCCACGCUUGAUUCGGUUCAGUCUCCAAAUUUUGUCUCUCCUAAUGAUAGUUCCACCGUCUCUGACAUCCAUGACUCUCUUCUAUCGGAUUCAGAGUCCGAUAACUUUGCUGCUCCUGAUUCAUUUGAGCUACCCUCCUGUUCGAGCUCUUGUAAUUGUAGAGUCAGUUCUUCAACUACUGAUAUUAUCAUUGACAUGAAUAACGAAACCUUCACAAGGGAAGGGAAAAAGCAAGAUGGGUUUGAUACAAUUUUGCAGCUACACCUUCCUCCAAUUUUGACAAAGCCACUGAAAUCUAAAAUGGAGCAUAAAGCCAACCCUCUUGUUCGAAGGUCCUCUGCUAAUUCUACAGGUGUAAGACUUAGAGCCAAUUCUCCAAGACUUGCCAGCAGGAAGAUUCAGGUCCAUGCCAGAAAGAGCGUGUCCUCAAGAAAUAGAAGUUUCUCAGGGAGUUUUGCAGUUGUUAAAUCCUCAAUGGAUCCGCAGACAGACUUCAGGGAUUCAAUGGUGGAGAUGAUUGUUGAAAACAACAUCCGGGCAUCAAAGGAUUUGGAAGACCUUCUUGCUUGUUACCUUUCACUGAAUUCGAAUGAGCUCCAUGGUCUCAUUGUAAAGGCGUUUGAGCAAAUCUGGUUUGAUAUGGCUGACCUCCGAUUGUAAUGUUCUAAGAUCAUGAAAUGCGUAUAAUCUAGUA